AUGUCCAACAAAAAGAAGCUACUGGCCACAGAGAUGGACUUUCUAAGAAGGAGUUGUGGAAGAUCGAGACUAGAGAGAAUAAGGAACGUGGAGAUCAGGAGGCAGAUGCACGUCGAGAGGAAUAUCAUUGACGACGUAGAUAGAAAACAGCUGACGUGGUUCGGACAUACGAAGAGAAUGGGAGAUACCAGAUGGCCGAGGAAAAUAUUUGAGCGGAUACCUCCAGAAAGACGAAAGAGAGGAAGACCAAGACGAAGCUGGAGAGAUGACGUCGAAGAAGCCAUGGAAGCAAGAAACUUGGAGGGAGAUAUGUGUUUAGACAGAAGGAAUUGGAAACUGGGAACGGAGAGGCGGCGAGAGCCGUAG